UAAGUUUUUUUUUAGAUUUCAGUGUAUUGGGGUAUGGCCUUUACUACAGUGUCGUGCACAAUUCUAUUCACACUGUAUAGACGAAUCGCUAACAGUGACCCUCAACGUUGGGUGUUAGCCUAUGGGCCGUUAACGAUUUUGGACACGACCAAAAGUCCCUACUACGAAAUUACGUUGUUCUACCAAAACUUCGCGAUGAGUUGCUGUACCAUACUUUUCACGGCUACCGAUCUACUGAUCGCUUCCGUACUGGCGCACAUCAGCUACCAGUUCAAAAUUCUGCAAAACUACAUGACACGCCUCGUCAAGGAUACCUACAUCGUCGAUUACAAGGGAAAUCCCAAUGUGGAAAUGUCUAAGGCGACUCCUUUGAUCCCCUGGAAGUAUUUACAAAGAUCGCAUGUCAAAUUCUUGAAGUACCACCUGGCGGUGAUUGAUAUAGCCAGAGAGAUGGAGGAGGCCUUCAGCACGCUUCUCCUUUUGGUUUACUUGGGAACGAUCGGGUUGCUCUGCUUUGAAAUUUACAGAGGCUCUGUGUUAACCAAUUAUCUACAGAUGGUCAGAACGAUGGGCGAAAUUGUGAGCUUUCUGGUGCAAAUCGGCACGUUAUCGUUUUGGGGAGAACAAGUCAUAUUCCAAAGUCAGCUCGUCGCCAAAGCUGCUUACGAAACUGACUUCGUCGGAACUGAUCUCAGGUUCCAGAAGGCUUUAAUUCUGACCAUGAUUCGGAGCCAGAGACCUGUCAAACUGACAGCGGGAAAAUUUGCGUUCAUUCAACUGUUCACCUUCACUUGGGUAGUGAAAACUUCAUAUUCUGCAUUUAUGAUCUUGCGAAGUGCGCAAAAUUGAAGAAGACUAUGUGCUGCAGUUUUGGAAUAAUCUACAGGACACGAAUUGCACAUCACACGGUUACUUGACCCAAUUUCCCGUUACAAAUUGGCUCACCUGGAUAAAUGAAAUAGCUAUUAAAAAUGUGUAAUCUUGUAGAACUCUGUACUAUUAAUAUAUGCAUUUUUUUUGCACUCAA